GAUGGCCUUAAAGGAAUCAAACAAAUGCCAAAUAACAAAAGUGAAUGGUUUCUCUUGGUAUUUUGCACAUAAUCAUUCAGAAAUAAUGUCCAAAGGGUUUAUGUUAGAAUAUUUGACCAAAUUUACAAACAAACACUAUACACUGAUGUAUUACUAAAUCCCAAUCAGUCCUCAAAAUAAAUCCUUCCAUUCUGUUAAAUAUUCUUGAUCCACUGGUUCUUUUAAGCACUCUUCUAAGGUUACCAGCAGUCUGCAUUUCAGCGGUCACUAAUGGGUUAUUUAUAGCAGAUGUAUCAGUGGGGGCUGGCAUCUUCCCAUAGGGGCCUGUUUGGGAAUGCCUAUUAGGGCACGGUCACUUUCCUAAUAUAUCCCAUAUCCCUGUUUCAGCUUCAAGACUGCACUUUAGCUCUGCAUUCACAGUGUGUAUGUGUAAGAACUGUUUAUGCGUGUUUUGAUGCCAUCGAUGAGCCGCUUUGUGACCUUACAACCUUCAUAUUGAUGAAUGGCACCAUGAUGCGGAGUAUGGACGCAAGGGAAACUGAGAUCGGCCUGAGGGAUGCAGGGGAUGGAGAGGACGACCAGGAACAACAGACAUGGAAGGCACAGCUGGAAACUGUCCUGGAGGAAGAGGAGGAAGAAGAUGUGAUCUCUACACAGAGUGACACCAGGCCUCUGAUCAAUGAACGGGACCCAAGACAAAUAAAUGAGUGUCUUAAGGUUAGUUUUGAGGAUGUGAUAGCAGAACCGGUGUCUGUGCGCAGUGGGGAUCGGGUGUGGAUCUGGAGUCACGCUCUUUUUGAGGUGUCCAGGGUCUGGUUUUACCGUAUCAUCACGGCUCUGCUGGCAGUUCCAGUGUCCCUCCUCGCUGGGAUUCUCUUCGCUGUCCUCAGCUUUGUUCACAUCUGGUUCUUUACGCCAUGUGUGCAGGUUGUCUUGAUAAACACCGAGUGGUUGCAAACUUUAUGGAGCAGCGUUUUAGACAUAAUCAUCCUACCGUUUUUCCAAAGUGUAGCCAAGUGCUGCAGUGGGAUCAGUGUCAUUCUCACACGGGAAUGAGAAACAUUCUCUGGAAUCUGUUGAAACGAUUCACACGGAUAUUCACAUUGAACUUUUGGGCAGAUGCGUGGCCAUCUGACUCCUGGUGUAUGUCAAGGGGGACCAUGCCCAAAUGCUAAGCGUAAUGAAAGUCAACUCACUGCCAAAGGAUAUUUGGAAAUGCAUGAAGUUUGCUUCAGUAUGAAAGUAUUUUUAAAGGGACAGUUCGCCCAAAAAAUGAUGAUUCUUUCAUUAUUUACUCACCCUCUUGUUGUUCAAAACCCUUGUGACACAAAUGUGGACUCCUUUUACAGAGUUUUUAUAUCUCCUUUUAUUGUUUGAUGUAAGAAAUACCAUCUCACAGGUUUGCAAUGACAUGAGGGUGUGUAAAUAAUGACAGAAUUUUCCAUUUUCAAAGAACUAACCCUGUGUGUUUUGUACAGGCUUUGUCAAUGUUUUCUUUUUGUUGAUUAAUUUCUUCAUUUCCCACUGAAGGUGUCAAAAAAUGUGUCUGCAGCUGGUUCGGGUCGAACUAUACUAUCUUUUGGCUAAUGAUUAUGGUAAAACAUACUGCUAUCACUAUCGGUUGUGUGUUUUGAUGACCUUGUUUGCAUUACAUUGAGGACACAUUGUGUAUUCUUUGAAGUAUUCUCGAAGCUCUUUCAUUUGAAAAAUAAUUGAAUGCCUCACUCUUCAUAUGCUAAUAUGAGGCCACCAAAAUAAUAGUAACAAUUGGUACAGUUAUGUAAGGCCCUCCACCUAAACAAUCAAUCUGCUGUAGCCUGAUUAUCUCCAUUCUAGCGCACCCUAGUGUUAGGGAGAUCAGAUCUCCUUAAAGGGAUAGAUCACCCAAAAAUGAAAACUUGAUGUUUAUCUGCUUACCCCCAGGGCAUCCAAGAUGUAGGUGACUUUGUUUCUUCAGUA